CAACCUUACCCACUCAAAGAUGACGAUGAGGAAUUGCUCCAAUGUAUAAGGGAAAUAAAGCGCCAGUUGGGGAACAUGAGGUCUGUACUUGCUGAUAGCAAUAAGGCCAUUCGCUGUGAAUAUAUUUCAGCCAUUCUCUAUGCUCGCUCUAUAUUGCAG